UAUUAGCUUUUUGAUUUUGUUUUUCAGUUCAUCUCAAUUAAAUAGUCAAGUAUUUGCCCAGAAUAAAUUGAAUAAUAAUGAUGAUAAUGGAAAUGUCAGUUCAUUUGGCCAACACAAUCUAUCAUCACCAUCACCAUUACAGUUAUUAUCAACAACAUCAACAUCAACAGCAACAACAAUGUUUGGCUCAUAUGUUUUUGAUCCACAUGUGCAGGCACAAUGUGAACGUAAUCUAAUGAAUAUUAUGGUUACAUUUGAUCAACCGUUUAAUGGUAUUGUACAUGUAAGAAAUUUUCGUCGUAAUCCAUGUCAAAUAUAUGGAAAUGGUUCAACAAUAGUCACAAUGACAAUCGAUCUCCUUGCACCAUCGAAUCGGCCAAAUUUCUGUGGUAUACAUCGUGUUAAGGGAACUGAAGAAAGAUCAAUCUCAUUAGUUGUUCGUUUACAUAAAGCAUUAGAAUUAUCGGAUGAUAAACAUUUUGUGAUCACUUGUGGUAAUACUGAAUUUUCCAAUAGAAACAAAAAUGAAAAAUUAAUGUUCAAAUUUGUUGAUCGUCAUGGACAUAAAAUAACUAAAUUAUAUCAUGGUGAACCAUAUCGUUUAAGAGCUGAGAUUGUUCAACAGCAACAACAACAGCAAACAUCAUCUAGUCAAUUAAAAACAAGCAAAUCAGCAUAUCAUCUUUAUGUAAAAAAUUGUUUGAUAUUCAAUGGAAAUGAUACGGAUGUAGAAUUUUUAGAUAAUAAUGGUUGUCCAACCGUUAUCGGCCAAAUGUUAAGUCCAUUUAAACAAAUUGGACAGAAUAUUGCAGAAGCAGAAAUUUAUUCCAUGUUCAAAUUACCCGGAACUAAUCAGCUACAUAUGCAAUGUUUAGUUGAAUUAGUUGAAAAUUGUAAUUUUUGUGAUCCAUCACUUUGUCCAUUGAUUGGCAAUGAAACAAUGAUGAUCGAUACAACUGACAGCAAUCAUAAUAUAACAUCGAUAGGUAAUAAACGUAAUAGACCAACAAGUGAAAUGCAAAUGCUUGUAUCGACAACCGUAUAUGUAUUUGAACCUGAUCAACAAAUGUCAUCGUCUAUCAUGUUGGCUGGAAUCGGCGGCAAAAGUGAUGGUUCCGAUGACUUCAUCCAUGGCAAUUGUAAUGAAUGGCGUUUUCCAUGGCUGAUUGCAUUGUGUAUCAUGCUUGGCAUUCUGCUCAUCAUUAUGAUGGUUGUCAAUAUAUUUCUUUGUACAUCAAUGUCAUGUUCAUGCUUCAGGUCAGAGAUGGUUGAACACGAACCAACUAUUAUGGAUGAUUAUGAUCCAUACAAGAUUGACAUUGGCAGCUAUUAUUCUCCAUAUGAUUCUCGUUUAUCAUUGAAUCGAAGUACAACAUCAAUAGCGAAUCCAAUGACAAGCACUGUUGUAGGGAAUCCUCAUCAUCAUUAUCAUCUUCAACAUAAUACCCAUCAUCAUCAUGGCAACAAUGGUGAUCGAUCUGGUUCGCAUUAUUCAGCACAACAACAACCAUUACAUCUUAACACGGUUCAUCAUCAUCAUCCUCAUCAUAAUAGGCCAAUACCAUCGAUGAGCUCUUCAUAUUCACCAUCAACAACAGAAAAUACAACACAUAGUCGACCGGGAGCAAAAUUGAUCAAUAAUAACAAAAACAUUGGAAAUGGAAAUAAAAGUCGGAAUAGUAAACCAAAUAAAAGUCGUCAGCAAAAGCCAUCAAAUCCAAAAUCAUCAUCGAUUAUUCCAAUGAAUGGCAAUACUUAUAAUCCAUAUCAACAUUCACCUCAAUCGAUUCGAUCGGAUGAUUAUUACUAAAUUCUUUUAUAUUUU